CGCCGGUACACAAAUUGUGUACACACCAUAUAAUAGAAGCUCUUAACGAUUUAUUCCGUGUCUUUGAAAUUUGGAGCUCGAUUGAAUGGCCAACAGUUAUGAUAUACCCAGUUGGGCUGGCAAACCGCCUACUGGGCUGCAUUUGGAUGUGCUUAAGGAUGACAAACUGGUGCAAAAGCUAAUGGUGGAUGAGAAGCGUUGCUAUUUGUUUGGCCGCAAUAGCCAAAUGAAUGACUUUUGCAUAGACCACGCCUCCUGCUCCCGUGUGCAUGCGGCAUUUGUUUACCACAAACACCUCAACAUUGCCUACCUCGUCGAUCUUGGCUCCACCCACGGCACAUUUAUUGGCACAUUGCGUCUCGAGGCUCACAAGCCCACACAGCUACAGAUCAACAGCACGUUUCACUUCGGUGCCUCCACACGGAACUAUAUACUACGUGAGCGGCCCUCGGCGGGUGGUCAGCACAGCAACAUUAUGGAGGAUCUGCCGCUCAGCGAGACCAGCGACGGCGCUUUGCUGGGGCUGCCUGAGAGCCAAACGGAAUUAGAUAAUCUGACGGAGUAUAAUACGGCGCACAAUCGUCGCAUCUCCAUGCUGGGCAUUGCCGACGAUAACAAUCUGCGCAAACAGAACGCAUUAAAACAGGGACGCAAGCGACGCAAUGUCACAUUCAACGAUGAGGAGAUAAUCAUAAAUCCGGAAGACGUCGAUCCCAAUGUAGGACGUUUUCGUAAUUUGGUGCAGACAACAGUGGUGCCAGCGAAACGUUCACGGUACGAGACUAAUCACAUGGGCUUACACACGGGCAGCAGCGCCGCCAAUGCACAUGUUGCUAGCGCAUUCGCCGCCAGCCAUCAGAUGUUCCAGCAGAGCAUAGUUGAGAUGAAACAGCAGCAGCAGCAGCAACAACAGCAGCAACAACAACAGCAGCAGCAGAUGGCAGUAACGCCACAAUCUGCUGCCCACUCACCCGUCAAUUCUUUGUAUCAGGGAUUGCCAGCCAGCGGCUAUGAACACAAGGGCAACAGUGAAUUUGAACCCAUAUCACCGCUGGGCAUAGGCUCCAAGUUGGGCAUAAUGUUGCCCAAUCCGGCACCAGAUGUAACGCCCAUUUUUGAGGAGCCGCUCGUGGCUAGCUCAUCCAUAGCACAAAAGUUGGCCAUAGCCAAUGCAAAUGUGCGUCGUUUUGUGGAUGAUGUACAUGAAACAAGUGGCGAGGGCGACUCCAUGUGUCCGCAAAAGAAGAAAUAUGCCAAGGAGGCAUGGCCCGGACGCAAGCCGAUGUUGGGACAAUUGUAAUUCAAAACGGAUAC